AUGUUCCCUUUACCAUACACGCGGAGCACUUUGCAUUCGUCGCGAGCAGGUAUGGAAUACCGUAGUAACAACUCGUCACCUCGAAGUCAGCGAACAUUUUCGGCGCUUUGUCAUGGGCUAUGGCAUGUCAAGUGGGUUGCAUUAAUAAAACAAGUUGUUGUCCUACUGUAUGUAGUACGAUCAAUGCACGCAAAUUUGGCUUUGGAUGUUCUUUGUUAUGAUUCUGCAGGAGCCGAGGCUGGAAACAUACCAAAAGUAAAGAUUUGCUUGAGGCCUUCUUGUAUGUGGCUACACUGGAUCUUUCUUCGCCUACCGCAUUGGUUUGAACUCUCCGAAGCUAUUUGCACUGGACUGUUGUUUUUUGUUUUGAUGAGCACGGUACUGAUGCUAUGUGCUCUUUACAUGCGACAUCAAGAACACCGGUUAGUGUUCAGUCCACCGCGCUGGUUGAAAGUCAUCAUCGUGACGCCUAGUUUGCUUGUUGAGUUUCUCCUUUUUGCUCUGAUAUGCUACGGUAUCGUGGCCAGCGCUUGGCAUUGGAAUAAGUUCAACGUUCCCAAAAGUUCUUUAGUGUUAGCGGUGAUCUAUGCGAUAAUUCUAGUGGUAUUCGUCUUUUUGCAGUUAGCACUCCAUUUGUGUGCAGUUGUGUACGUUUGUCACCAAACAAAUGCAGCAAAACCGAUGAGAAGCAACUAUAUCGAUUAUGGUUUCGAAACAUCUAAUACAGAUAGUCCUACGAACGCUGUGCUUGCUAUGCUUAAGUACCAAGCCAAAACAGAAAACGUACCGUUAAUGAGCGACGUGUCAUCACAUUGUCCAACCACUUCAGCUCAGAAUUCUUCAAAGAGAAAAAGCAUGUUGGCAUCAUUUGAACUGUCGCCGACCAAUAACAACGACACGAUGCUGAGCCAUUUGAAUAAAAACUCGCCUAGUAUAGCGAUUCCUAUGGAUUCACCACCAUAUGCACGACUCCGCGCACCGGUUAUUUAUCGCUGCGAGAGCACCCAUUUUUGCGAUCCUGACGACAGUUCACAGGAACCCAAAAUUUGCGAGCUAUCUAAUUCGUUGAUACGAUCGGAGAACAAUGAGGAGUGGAGUUACCAGAAACAAAAGCUCUCUUUCUUUGGCGGACCUCAUCUGGCAACAUCUCUGGACGACUAUUCCUGUCUGGAGUGA